GUCUAAGUUCCUCCGUCGGUGAACAUACCAAGCAGCCAAAGGGGAUCAGGACAAGCCCCCGAGAAGUCUCUUACCGAAUCUCGAAUCUUCGCCGAUCGAUAAACGAUAAGGUCAGCCCUAGAAACUCCGGCACGUGACCGGCGGCACGCGCGGGGGGAGUACAUCCUGGGGGGCAACAGAAGCACACAACUGCUGCUCCCUUCGAACGCCACUCCACAGCCGUACGAUCCCCGUCCACGUCAUCGAUCCGCGUACUCUCGCGCAUCUGGACGGUCCGGAUCGCGUCCCCAGAUGAAGGGAGGAGCGACGGUGAAGGACGAGAGGGAGUUGGAGAUGGCCGCGAAGGCCAAGAAAGAGGAGGAGAAAGAAGAGAUUAAAGCCAUGAAUGGUGGUGUUGUCGAUGAUGAUGAUGGUGAUGAAGAGGAGGAGCCGGAGGAAAUCGUGGAGGUGAAAGAUGAUGAUGAGGAUGAGGAUGGUGAUGAUGAUGGAGAGGGCGAGGAGGACGAUGAUGGUGAAGAGGAUGAUGAUGAUGAGGAGGACGAGGAGGAUUCUGAUGAUGAGGUGGAGGAGAUCAUGGCGCCUGGGACUGGACCGCAGGUUCAGUCGGUGGAUGACGAUGGGGAGGAGGAGGAAGAAGAAGAGGAGAAUGAUGACGGUGAUGGGGACGACGACGACGACGACGACGACGAUGAUGGCAAGGACGACGAGGAGGAUUUGGGAACUGAAUACCUUGUCCAGCCGGUAGGUGGUGCAGGAGAUGAGGAAGAUGCAAGCGACUUUGAACUUGGCGAAGAGCAUGGUGAGGAUGAGGACAUUGAUGAAGAAGGUGAUGAGGGUGAUGCAGGGUGUGAUGCUGGAAAUAAACAGACCUCAAAGAGGAAGAGAUCAUCUAAGGACGACGAUGACGACGAUGACGACGAUGAUGGUGAUGAGGAUGAUGGGAGGCCAUCAAAACGAUAGUAUAUUUAUUUACUAGAUUGGCUGUUACCAUUGACUUAAUGUUAAGGUUCUCACAAACUCAUCUCCCAAUUCUUUCUGGUAGAAUAUAUUUGGGAUUGAGGUGUAUCAGUUGGGGAUAAUAUUUGGUAUAAAAGCUUUUCAAGCAAUGUGGAGACGUACUUGUACAAAGUAGGAACAUCAUGGUGAAGGCUGGAUGUCCUUCACAGGAGCCAUGUGAAGCUCUUUAUUUUUUUUUCUUUUUUUCGCCUUUCUUGUUGGUUGGAAUCUAAAUGUAUCCUUUAGUACGGUAUUCAUAGGCUUAUGGUUAAAUGUUAAAUUUACUGAUGUAUGUUAGGUUAUGUCGGAUGGUUUGUGUUGUUGUUGGUAACUAAUUCCCUUAUGUUAUGUGUAAUAUUCAUCUGUUUGCUGUCUA